AUGUAACAAAAUUCACAUACUAAUAAUUAAUUUUCUUUCCACUCUACCAUUAAAUUCAAAAAAUUACCCAAAUUGGAACCUAUAAUUAAAUAAAUCAAUCAAGUUGUUCCUCUAAAUACUUAAAGAGGAAGAAGCUUUAAAAACUAUUUAUAUAACGCAACUGGAGGAUAAUGCAAGUUUAGAAGGAAAACUUGCACAUGUUCAGAAUGUGGAGGAACAAAUGUAUUUGUAGAAAAAUUGAAUGCUUUACAGCCCAUAACAUAUAUUAGAGCGCAUCAUAUAAAAAAAAGAAAAAGAAAGAUGCAUCGAAAUAAAGGAGGUGGUAGACAUCUAUCAGCCAUGAUUGCAAGAGUCCCUCCUAAAAUUGAAGAUAUUACUAAUCUUAUUCCAUCUCGUAAAGAAAGAAAAGCUAAAACAUUACUAUAAAAUUAAUUUAUUGAAUAAACACUAUUAAGAUGUAAGAGAUUACUAACAAAGGAUGACUCCGCUAUUGGCUAUGAGUAUUUUUUUGCAAACGAAUUAAAAAUUGCAUAUCAAACUUAAGAAUUUAUGACUACUAGUACAUUUGAAAAAACUCCAACUUAAAUUAAACAAUAAAAUGUUGCCUUAACUGGAAGUCAAAGAACAAUUGAUGAAUCUCAAAUGACAUGUGUUAAGAAUUUAAAUAUUAAUUAAAGUCAAGUUCUAAAUGCUCAACUUCCUAGAGUUAACUAUAAAAUUAAAUAAAAACCUUCAUUACAUAGUCCUAGAGUAUAUUAAGACAUACUUUAAUCACACAAUCUUAAACCAAAUAGGACUGUUGAUAAAUAUAUAUCUCAAAGUACUCACUGUUCGCCAGUUCAUAUAAAAUUGCCUUUAAUUAGUUAAAAAAAAGUAACCCAAACAUCAAGAAAGAAAUCAGAACAUAUAUAUUUGAAAGGAUCUCCUUUGAAAUUAUUGCUUGAAUUAAAAUCUUAGAUUUUAUUAUAAAAAAAAAUGAGCAAAUAAUGAGUUUUGUUUUUAAC